AAGACAACAAACACUAACCAACAAAUACUCAGAACAGAAAUUUGAAAUUCUCAAAAUAAUUUGAAAAUUAUUUUCAUAUUUUCAGUUUGAUUGAUGAUUGGUAUAUAUUCUGUAAUCACCAUUAGAGUUGUUUCGUUCGUUGACACAUAACAUAUUAUUGUAAUAUGAUAUUUGUGCAAAUGUUGAAGAAAAUUAAUCCCCAACAUUACUUAUGGUGUUUUCGAUAUUUCUCAUUGGACAAACGAUAUGAUGUGAUUGUAGUUGGGGGUGGACAUGCUGGCAGCGAAGCAUGUGCUGCUGCAGCCCGAAUGGGUGUCAAAACUCUACUCAUUACCCAUAGAAAGGACACCGUGGGUGAGAUGUCCUGUAACCCUUCUUUUGGAGGUAUUGGAAAAGGACAUUUGAUGAGAGAAAUUGAUGCUCUAGAUGGAGUGUGUGGUCGAAUUUGCGACUCAUCAGGAAUACACUUCAAAGUUUUGAAUACAAGAAAGGGUCCUGCUGUUUGGGGGUAUAGAGCCCAAAUUGAUAGAAAACUGUAUAAGACAAAUAUGCAACAUGAAUUGUUCAAUAACACUGUGAAUCUAGAUGUGCUUGCAGCACCUGUUGAGGAUUUGAUAGUAGAAGACAGAUAUGAUCAUUGUGUUGAAUGUAAAGGUGUUGUUCUGAAGGAUGGUACAAAAAUAUCCUCUAGUAGUGUGGUGAUAACUACUGGAACUUUUCUCAAGGGACAAAUAAAUAUAGGUUUGAACUUUUACCCUGCUGGAAGGUUAGGAGAUGAACCAGCAAUUGGGUUGGCUAAUACUUUGGAGAAAUUGAAUUUACAAAUGGGUAGACUCAAAACUGGUACUCCUCCAAGAUUGAAGGCUGACACAAUCAAUUAUUCUGUUUGCCAAGUUCAAACAGGAGACAUGCCUCCUCUUCCAUUUUCUUUUAUGAAUUCUAAAGUUUGGAUAAAUCCUAAGGAUCAGCUCAAGUGUCACUUAACUAAGACUCCUUUAUCCAUUGAAAAAAUUAUUAAAGACAAUCUUCAUCUAGACAGACAUGUAAUGGAAGAAGUAACUGGACCUAGGUAUUGUCCAAGCAUUGAAUCAAAAAUUCUCCGCUUUCCAGGAAGGGAGCACCAAGUUUGGUUAGAACCUGAAGGUCUUGAUAGUGACCUUGUUUAUCCAAAUGGCCUAUCAUGUACUCUACCUGAAGAAAACCAGUGGCAACUGAUAAGAAGUAUACCAGGCCUCGAACAGGCAGAAUUAGCUAGACCAGGUUAUGGUGUAGAAUAUGAUUAUGUAGAUCCUAGAGAACUGCAAUCCAGUCUAGAGGUUAAAAAAGUACCUGGGCUAUUCCUAGCUGGUCAGAUAAAUGGUACUACUGGUUAUGAAGAAGCUGCAGCUCAAGGCGUCUUGGCAGGAAUCAAUGCAGCUGCAAAAGCAUUAUUACGGGACCCUUUGAUAAUAAGCCGAACAGAAGGUUACAUAGGGGUAAUGGUGGAUGAUUUAACCACUUUGGGAACCAUUGAACCCUAUAGAAUGUUCACUAGCCGUGCCGAAUUCAGGUUAACCCUAAGGCCAGACAAUGCAGAUCAAAGAUUGACGGCUAGGGGAUAUGCUAUAGGAUGUGUGUCAAAAGAGAGAUACAAUAAGAUGCUGGAAGUAGAAAGACAAUUGAAAGAUGGAGUUGCUUUACUGAAAAGUGUCAGUAAAGCAGUGAGUUAUUGGAGGAAUCAGAUAGGUGUUAUGCCUACAAAGAGUCAUCAACAGAAAAGUGCUUUUGAGAUGAUUGAUAUCACAAAUGAAAAAAUUACUAUAAGCAUGUUGGCGAUAGCUGCACCAGAACUACUUUCGCUGACUUACGAUUCUUAUUUGGAAAAUCGGCUUCAUAUUGAAGCUCUAUAUGAAUCUGCAGCUGCUGAUCAAUUAGAAGAAGUUGAGGAAGUUAGACGUGAAGAAGCACUGUUGAUUCCUGGGAAUUUAGAUUACAAUUCUGAGUAUCUCAAUUUGAGUGUUGAGGAGAGAGAAAAAUUGUUGGCAGCUCAACCACAAACGAUAGCAGCAGCAAGUAGAAUUCCUGGGGUGACUCCAUCAUCUGUGCUCAGACUUUUGAGAUUUGUGAAGCAAAAAAGUGAGAGUGUCUUGGCAGUUGGGUGAUGAUUCUCCAGAUCAAAGUAUAGGUGUUUUAGCAGAUUGGCUAGACUGUGAAUAUUUGAGAUGUGUUCUCAGUAAUGUAUACCAAAAAUCUCCAAAAACUUGGAGUUGAAAAUGUUUUGAAAUUAUUAGAUUAACAAAAUUGAAUAUUUCUCGUUUGGAUGUUUUUAUUUAUAUGUAUUUAUUUUCCGAAUUCAACUGGUUACUACUGUCAGUAAAUUCAUCUUCUUAAUUGUUCUAAAAUUGUUGGUGUCAUGGUGCCAUUACCAACCUUAGCUUCACCCAAUAUUUUCCUAUAUUACCUAUGCAUGAUUUUUGGCAUGUUCGCUAUUUUACAUCUCAGUCUAGAAUUUUUAACAUUUUAUCGAAGUCAAACGAGAGUACCCUUAUUGUAUUGAAAAUAUCUUGAAAUUUCCAAAUUAUUGUGGUGAAAUUGCAAAAAUGAUUGUGAAAAAAACUUAAGGAAGCAAAGUACAAAGAUUUACUUUCAUUUUGUCUUGUUUUUUCUUCUUGUAUUACCAAUUUUAUUUAUCGCUCGAAUUCCAUGUAUACAGU